UAGAAGCAUCAGCAGGCGAUGCCAAAACAAGCACCGUCUUUGCACUUCUGCUUAGCAAUUGCAAUCGCUAGAGGUGAAUAUUGCAAGGCACGGUCACGCCGUCGCAGCGCUGACUCACUGGUGUGCACUCAGACACGCCGCACAGAGUUCACACCGAGGCUGCAACAAGCUGCACACAAGCCGCAGCGAUCACCGAACAAAACAAAGAUGCCCAAAAAGGCCAAGUCCACAAGCUUCGGCGGCCAGAAGGUCACGCCCGCCGGCAAGCGCCACCUCGAGAGCCGAGCGCCGAAGCUCCGCGAGAACCCAAAAACGCUCCUUUGUCUGAGAGGCUCGAAGACCUCCACGUCUUCAACAGCUGCUCUCAAAUCGUUAGCGUUACUCCUCAAGCCCCACUCGAAGGUCCUCGACCGCAAGCGCGAGGACCUGAAGCCUUUUGACGACUGCAGUAGCGUCGAGAAGCUCUGCGCGAGCCACGACGCGUCGCUCUUCGCCAUCGCGUCGUCGUCCAAAAAACGGCCCGACAAUCUGGUAUUAGGACGAUUGCACGACGGCCACUUGUUGGACGCCUUCGAAUUUGGAGUUGUCGAGGCUGGCGGUCCGUGCGAGAAGCUACUAGGCUCGAAGCCUUGUACAGUGUUCGUCGGGGACUUCGACGCCGAUCCGAUCAUGAAGAGAGUGAAGAACUUCCUGCAGGAUUUAUUAAGGGGUCCGGACGUCGAUCGCAUCAAUCUCGCGGGAAUUGAUACGGUCGUGGUGGUUGGUCUCAGGGAAGAUACGAUAUCAUUACAACCGCAUCGGUUACGACUGAAGAAGGGCUCGGGGUCCUUGCCUGAUACUCGCUUGGAGGUGUCCGGGCCGCCUUUAUCCUUGAAAAUGCGGCGGGACCACCAGCCGUCACUAGAACUGUGGAAGGCUUCCUUGAAACAGCCCAAGGGCCUGAAGCCCAAGAAGCGGAAGAACCGCUCGACGACCGAUUUAGGAGAGGUCCACGGCCGGCUCCACCUCGGAAAUCAAAAGGUCGACGAAUUGCAAUCUCGAAAAGUCAAGGCGCUCAAGAGGUCUCGUGACGAGGACGACGAGUGAUGUGUGGUUUGCAGUACGCGCGUCGACGGCGUGCCCGUGGGUGUUGCUGCUCGAGGCGCGGCGCGGCGAGGACGAGUAAGAUGAUGUGUGGUUCUAGACACGACUCGGUUCGGAAUUAAUCCUUCGAACGGCACGACGGCGUUGGAG